CAGCGGACUACCCAAACAGUCGCCGUCGUCUCCCGUUUCGCAUUUCGCGUGGCUCUGUUCCCGAUUCCCACUUACGCGGUGCUCUAUAAAAUAUUCAGCCAGAUCCUUAACAAGAGUCAGACGCGUGCCGAAGUUCGCGAGUGAAGCAACCCAUCAAGUGUCCCCCUCCAAAAAAAGAAGAAGUCCAAUUCAAGAUGAGCCACCACUGGGGUUACACCGAAGAGAAUGGACCCGCACACUGGGCCAAGGAUUAUCCACAUGCGUCCGGCCAUCGCCAGUCACCCGUGGACAUUACGCCCUCCAGCGCCAAGAAGGGAAGUGAGCUGAAAGCUUCCCCACUCAAGUGGAAGUAUGUUCCAGAGAACACCAAGAGCCUGGUCAAUCCCGGUUACUGCUGGCGCGUGGAUGUGAAUGGCACCGGCUCGCAGCUGACUGGAGGUCCCCUGGGCGAUCAGAUCUUUAAGCUGGAGCAGUUCCAUUGCCACUGGGGAUGCACAGACUCCAAGGGCUCUGAGCACACCGUCGAUGGAGUGUCCUAUGCUGGGGAGCUGCACUUGGUCCACUGGAACACCACCAAGUACAGGUCCUUCAAUGAGGCUGCCGCUGCUCCCGAUGGCUUAGCUGUGCUGGGCGUAUUCCUGCAGGCCGGCAAUCAUCAUGCCGAGCUGGACAAGGUCAGCAGCCUGCUGCAGUUUGUGCUGCACAAGGGCGAUCGUGUAACCCUGCCCAAUGGCUGCGAUCCCGGCCAGCUGCUGCCCGAUGUUCACACCUACUGGACCUACGAGGGCUCCCUGACCACACCACCCUGCUCGGAGUGUGUCAUCUGGAUUGUGUUUAAGACCCCCAUCGAGGUGUCCGACGAUCAGCUGAAUGCCAUGCGCAACCUCAACGCCUACGAUGUCAAGGAGGAGUGCCCCUGCAAUGAGUUCAACGGCAAAGUCAUCAACAACUUCCGCCCCCCAUUGCCGCUGGGCAAGCGCGAGCUGCGCGAGAUUGGCGGCCAUUGAAGUGGAUUUGUCGGUGGGAAAAUGGUCAACUCAGAGCAGUCUUUGAAAAGUCAAUGGAUUCAAGUCGUAUGAUUAGUUGUUCGCACCACGCAGCGAGAUAAAAUGGUGCUAUGCCAGCACCAGCACAUCCUACUGUUCAGUUCUCGUCUUUAGUUCGUACUACUCCCAGCAAAGCACGCAUAUGUACCUCAUAUUACUACUUUAUGUGUGUGUCGUCUAUCUUUAUCUGGUUACGCGUCUGCGCAUGCGUAGCUGUAUCUGUAUCUUUAUCUGUAAUGUAUGUUCGUUUUUUGAUUAUUAUUAUUUGUUUGUUAAUCGUUUGCAAAAUGACAAUUAGUAUAAUAUUAUAUAUUACAUAUUAUGGUAUUACAAAUUAAAUAUAACACGAUUGAAUGUUGCAUUAUGAAAUCUA